GCAGUGGCCCUAUCCAUUUCCAUUUUUCCACGCUUGUCUUUAAGCGUAUUGCUCAGGACCGACUAACCUAGCUAGAAGUCGAAAAGUACGCUAACGUGCGCACCUCCCGGGUUUCGGCAGAUCCAUUAACGAAACCAGGGGAGAGCUCUAGCACACAGCGAAACAGAAACCCUCGAGAGUGCUUGCGUGGUGAGUUAAUUGAUUGAGAAGAUUUUUUUCCUGAUUUUUUUAAGGAUUUAUGUAUCCCUGGAGCGAUGAAUGCUGAGAAUCCGGUUCACCUUUGAUGGUUAUUAAUUGUGAUUUUCUAUGGUUGAAUAACAAAAACUAUAUGAAAGAUGAGGGUUGUUGGCCGGUUAAGGGAGAGAUGGAAAGUGAAGUUUUGGGUUCUGAAUCGGAUGAAGGGUUGCAUGCUGGUCUGGGCAUUGAUGGUGAGUUGAGCUUAGAAGGGAAAUCGUUGUGUUUGAAACCUAGGAGGGCAGGUGAUGUGAAGAUGGAUAGAAAAGAGAAGAAGUCGAGUUCUAAGAGAAGAUCGAAGCUGAUUGAAGUUCAAGCCGAUUUGGACGAUGAUGAACCUAUAGGGUCUCUGUUCAAGUUGAAGAGGCUUCGGAACCCUAAGAAAGCUAACUCUGGAUUAGAUGGUGUCAAGGUCGAAAAAGUACAGAUUGAAAAGGCUAAAGCUAGGGCAGAUAAUUCCGUAGUUGAGGAUGAGGAUUCGGGUGGGAUGGAUGAUACCUUAGCGAAUUUUAGGAAGAAGUUGAAGGGUCCAAAACCGGGUAAAGAUGGUGGAUCUGGUAAAGUCAAGGUAAAGGAUUAUGCUUUUACUGUGGAAAGACCAUUAGGUCGAUCUUCAAAUAGGCCCUUGAAGGAUGGGGCGGUAGUGGGAAAAGUACCUGCAAAGAUGGUGGAGAAAAUCCUGCCAUCUGGUGUUAAUGGCUUAGAUGUGCCUUUUGAUGGGGGCUUAGAGGAUAGGCCAAAAGGUCCAGGUAAGAGAUCUAAGUUUGUUUCCACUCCAAAGAAGACUGGGGAUUUUGAUGGUGGUUUGGAUGGAGCUGUUGCUUGGAAAUCUCAAGGGACUUGUUCACAGAAAAAGACGAGGGUGUUAAGGUCUGGGGAAAUUUCUAAUCAUUCUUCUGAUGAAAAUUUAGAAGUUUCUCUAUCUGCAUUUGCUCGGAAGUCACAGCCUGGUUCAAUUACAAAGUUUCGUUCUUCAUCUUUACGGAAACAGAGAAGGAGCACAUCAGCUACUCCUGAUGGGUUGAGCCAGAGUUUUGAGACUUUAGAGGGAGUUCCAUCUGCUUCUAAUUAUUCUGCUUCUGUUUCAAAAAUGGGUUGUGAAAACUUAAAACCUGAUAUUGGGAUGGAAGUGAUGCAUGGCGGGAGCUUGACAUCAGAACCUGCUGAAAAGAGUACAGUGGUGUCUCACAAAUCUAAUGGUUGUGUAUUUGAAUCUUCUGAACGGAUUCAAGACAAUUCUUUAUCUAACCUGGUUCAGCAGCAUGCUUCUGUUCCAGAGGUUAAAGGUAAGAUUGUGACUUCUAAUGAUGGUGGCUGCAGUAAGUUAUCAGAAAGAAUCCUAGAAGAUCAAGUAUCCAUUUACUCACUUCAAAAGUCUCAUAUUGGUUCUGUAGCGGAUGUGGAAGAGAAGUUUCCAGCAGUCCCUGAUAUUCAUUUUGAAAGACAGACCAAAGGGAUUCCUGAGGAGCUGCAAGUGAACUGUAGUUUGGACUCACUUUGUGAUGAGGUUUCUGAGAACUUGCUAACUGGCCAUGAUCACCAUUCUAUUUGUGCUUCCAUUCACACAGUUACACCAGAAAUGCAGGGAUUCAAGCAUGGGAUAAAGCGGUGUUCAGAUUUGCAGCAAGAAAUUUCUGAAACACCAAUUUCUUAUUCAACAGAAGAGGUUCAUAUUACUAAUGAUGGGUCCAGUAGGCUUCCUGUUAAAAUUCCAGAAGAUCUUCCAUUAACCAUUAUUCCAAGUCAUGGUGAAAUGAGCCCUAAAUCAAAUGUUGCUUUUGAUGAAACUUGUGAUGCCCAAAAAUCAACCAGAUCUGCUGCACUGGAUGGUGCAUUAGCUCAAUUAACUUCUAAUGUUUCAGAACUUGAAACGUGUAAUUUAACUGCAAUCCAAAAACCUUCCUAUGAAUCUUUUCUUAUACCGAUGAAAGAGUUAAACAGAACAUGUGAAGAAAGAUCAAAAGGCAACGUGGUCUGCCAUAGUGAUUGUUUGACUGAACCUUCUGAGAAUACUGUCAAACAGUUUCAAAGUCAUUUUGAGAACAAGGAGACUGCGAUACAUGAUGAGCUGGUACAGCCCUUUGGCACAAUUUUGGAGGAUCACAUGGUAUCUCCAGCACAAAAAUGCCCUGUUCCAGUGAAGAUGGAUGAAGCCUUAAAACAUGAAGAGGACCAUGGUAGAUAUUCUGAUAGACUUUUAAAGGAUUUUGAACUUGCUGGACUUGGGCCAUCAUCUUCUGCUUUUGGUUCAACAAAGAAAGAAGAAACUUGCAGUCACAAUGAUGCUUCGGAUCAAGCUCCUGAGGUUCCUAUUGAAGGGUGGCAUGAUGCUUUGGUACCUAAGAAAGUAGAAGAAACCUCUCCAUUUUCUGAUCGAAUUAUGGACUUAACGGUCUCUAUUGAAAAGAAAGUUCAACCAUUUUGUGAUGCCUUAAAAGAGACUGCUGUUCAAAACCAAGAUCUACUUUCUGUUAAGGAAGAAGACAAGGGAGACUAUUCUCUGUGUGUAACCACGAAUCCAGAGGAAAGUUAUACAGAAGAUGCAGAAACAACAUUUGAUCUUGAAAACAAGGAUAAUAAACUAUCAAUGACACUGCGGUCUAUGCGUAAGGUUAAAAAGCGUAGGCAUGGUGAUAUGGCUUAUGAAGGGGAUGCUGAUUGGGAGGUUCUGAUGCGUGAGAAAAGUUUUCUGGAAAGUAAUCAUGUUCUUGAUAGACUCAGGCCUUCUAAAAUGAAAGACAAGGCAGCAGCAGUAGCAGCUGGGCUGAAGGCUCGUGCAGCAGGUCCAGUUGAGAAAAUUAAAUUCAAAGAGGUUUUAAAACGCAAAGGUGGAAUUCAAGAAUACCUAGAAUGCAGGAAUCUAAUCUUAGGCCUUUGGAACAAGGACAUGACCCGUAUUUUGCCUCUCAUAGACUGUGGAGUUGCUGAUGCUCCUACUGAGUGUGAAACACCACGUGCCUCUCUUAUCAGGAAGAUUUACGAGUUUCUUGACCAAAGUGGCUAUAUCAAUGUAGGCAUUGCUUUGGAAAAGGAUAAAACAGAAGCCUCUGCUAAUGCUCAUUAUAAAAUGAAGGAAAAGAAAGCCAAGGAAGAUUGUGGGACCUGGGAUGUUGAUUCAGAGGAUGGAGUUGCCUUCAUUGUAGGUCAGGCUAAGAGUUCUGAAAAUCUCACAGAGGCAAAGAAUGAUCUUUGCUUGGAUGGUGGAGAACUGAUUGCAGAAGCCACUCAAGGCAAGAAGCUGCUUGUGCCGAUUACAGGAUCCAAAUUAUCCACUCUGAUAGAAUCAGAAGAAUUCAGGGUUGAUAAUGACCGGGCUAAUAUUUGUGUGGAUGCAAAACUACCAGCCAAUUUAGAUGCUUGCAGUGGUGCUCCAUCUAGCAAGAUCCUAGAUGAAUGUGAUUCUACCUUGAAUCCGGAGCAUAUAGAGGACUCCCACAGGGUUCAAUCUGCUCCAGUCAAUAUUGUGGAGGGGAACAAUAAUGAACCAUGUGACUCAGAAAUCCAUAAGAAAAUCAUUGUUGUUGGUGCUGGACCAGCUGGUUUAACAGCAGCUCGCCAUUUACAACGCCAGGGUUUUUCUGUGACAGUGCUUGAGGCUAGGAGUAGGAUAGGUGGUCGUGUCUAUACAGAUCAUUCGUCCCUUUCAGUUCCUGUGGAUCUUGGGGCUAGCAUAAUUACAGGUGUUGAGGCUGAUGUGGCAACUGAAAGAAGACCUGAUCCAUCUUCUUUGAUUUGUGCUCAGUUAGGCCUAGAAUUGACUGUGCUGAACAGUGAUUGCCCUCUUUAUGAUAUUGUAACAGGCCAGAAAGUGCCCACAGACUUGGAUGAAGCUCUUGAAGCAGAGUACAAUAGCUUACUGGAUGACAUGCCAGUUCUUAUUGCACAUCAGGGUGAACGGGCUAUGAGAACGUCGCUGGAGGAUGGAUUAGAAUAUGCCCUGAAGAGGCGUCGCAUGUCUCAGUCACUAACUGAUGCUGAGGACUUUGCAUCCUACACUCAUGUGAAUUCUCACGCUGAUGCUGGAACAGCUGGUGUUGGAGACAGAGAUCCCAAUAAGACCAGUCCUGAAGAGGAUAUCCUGAGUCCUCUUGAGAGAAGAGUAAUGAAUUGGCACUUUGCCCAUUUAGAGUAUGGUUGUGCUGCUUUGCUGAAGGCAGUCUCUCUCCCUUACUGGAAUCAGGACGAUAUUUAUGGAGGAUUUGGAGGGGCACACUGCAUGAUUAAAGGGGGGUACAGUGCUGUAGUUGAGUCUUUAGGAAAAGGUCUUAAUAUUCACUUGAACCAUGUAGUGACGGAGAUUUUGUAUGGUAUAAAGGACUGUGGAGAAGCUGAUGAAUAUCAGAGCAAGGUGAAGGUUUCCACGUCAAAUGGUAGCGAGUUUAUUGGAGAUGCAGUUCUGAUCACGGUACCCCUGGGUUGCUUAAAAGCAGAGACCAUAAAAUUUUCCCCAGUACUACCAGAUUGGAAACGUUCCUCUAUCCAACGACUGGGAUUUGGAGUUCUGAAUAAGGUAGUUUUGGAAUUUCCAGAAGUGUUCUGGGAUGACAGUGUGGAUUAUUUUGGAGUAACGGCAGAGGAAACAGAGAGGAGGGGGCAAUACUUUAUGUUCUGGAACAUUAAGAAAACAGUUGGAGCUCCUGUUCUUAUAGCCCUUGUUGUUGGUAAAGCAGCAUUAGAUGAUCAAAAUAUGUGCCCAUCUGAUCAUGUGAACCAUGCUGUAAUGGUUCUUCGUAAACUUUUUGGAGAGGCUUCAGUACCUGAUCCAGUUGCAUCUGUUGUUACAAAUUGGGACAGGGAUCCCUUCAGCCGCGGUGCUUAUUCCUAUGUUGCUGUUGGGGCAUCAGGGGAGGAUUAUGAUAUCUUGGGGCGAUCUGUUGAGAACUGUUUAUUUUUUGCUGGUGAAGCUACCUGCAAGGAGCACCCAGACACCGUUGGUGGAGCAAUGAUGAGUGGCCUUCGGGAGGCAGUACGCAUUAUUGACAUAUUCAGAACUGGAAAUGAUUAUACUGCAGAAGUGGAAGCAAUGGAGGCUGCUCAGAGGCAGUCGGACAGUGAAAGAAAUGAAGUUAGGGACAUACUGAAGAGACUUGAUGCAGUUGAGCCCUCCAACGCCCUAUACAAAAGCUCCUUGGAUGGGGCCCCUAUGUUGACCACGGAGGGAUUAUUGAGGGACAUGUUCUCUAAUGCAAAGACUACUGCAGGACGUUUAUACCUGGCUAAAGAAUUGCUGAAACUUCCUGUUGAGGCUCUGAAGUCCUUUGCUGGGACCAAGGAAGGACUUGGCACACUCAACUCAUGGAUACUGGAUUCAAUGGGAAAGGAUGGGACUCAACUGUUGCGCCACUGUGUUCGCCUGCUUAUGCUUGUCUCUACUGACCUGCUUGCUAUCCGUCUUUCAGGUAUAGGAAGGACCAUGAAAGAGAAGGUGUGUGUGCAUACUAGCCGUGAUAUUCGUGCUAUAGCAAGCCAGCUUGUCAACAUGUGGAUUGAAGUCUUCCGCAAAGAAAAGGCUUCUAAUGGUAGACUGAGGUUAUUGAGGCAAACUGCUGUGUCUGAUUCAUCAAAGGCCAGAUCAUCAAAAGUUUCAAAUUAUGGAAAGCCACCUUUACGUGCAACUCAUGGUGCAUUUGAUGGUAAAGGAAAUGUGCAAAUUCCUUCUGCAGGAAGCUAUUCUCCUUCCAAUGCAAACAACAAAAAAAUGUAUGGCAAGCCAUCCAAAUCAGAAAUUAUGGAUGACUCAAAGUCUGAGGUUAAUUCAUCAAAAUCUCAAGUUGUACAGAGCCUGGAUUCUAAGGUGGAGGAAAGCACCAUUGCAAUGUCUGAGGAAGAAGCUGCAGCCUUUGCUGCAGCAGAAGCAGCUCGUGCUGCUGCUCUUGCAGCUGCAGAGGCUUAUGCAUCUUCUGAAGCAGAGUGCAGUACAUUACGGGAGCUUCCAAAGAUACCCUCCUUUCACAAGUUUGCUAGACGGGAGCAAUAUGCUCAGAUGGAUGAUUCUGAUCUUAGAAGAAGGAAGUGGUCAGGGGGUGUUUUGGGAAGGCAAGAUUGUAUAUCAGAAAUAGACUCCAGGAAUUGCAGGGUUAGGAAUUGGUCGGUUGAUUUCUCUGCCACUUGUGUGAAUCUUGAAAAUUCGAGAAUGUCAGGUGACAACUACACAAGACAAAGUUACUCAAAUGAAAUACCAUACCAAUACCAAUUGAAUCUCAGAGAGCAUUCAGGUGAAAGUGCAGCUAUAGAUAGUAGCUUUAUGAAAGCAUGGGUGGAUACUGCUGGUAGUGAAGGGGGGGUGAAGGACUAUCAUGCUAUAGAGAGAUGGCAAUCUCAGGCAGCGGCAGCAGCAGCAGAUUCUGAGUUCUUCCAUCCAACUGUACAUGUUAGGGAUGAGGAGGAUUCAAACACAUCAUCAAAACCACUCUCUUGGAAGCAUGAAAGUUGGGCUAAAGAAGCAUCUGUUUCAAAGGUUGUAGGAAACAAAGUAAUGGGGGAACACCAACCAAGAGGAGCUGAACGUAUUAAACAAGCUAUUGUGGAUUAUGUGGCAACAUUGCUCAUGCCUCUGUAUAAAGCCAGGAAAAUUGAUAAGGAAGGGUAUAAAUCAAUAAUGAAGAAAAGUGCAACCAAAGUCAUGGAGCAGACGACAGAUGCAGAGAAAGCCAUGGCUGUUUCUGUGUUUCUCGAUUUUAAACGGAAGAAUAAGAUUCGUUCUUUUGUGGACAAGUUGAUUGAGAGGCAUAUGGCAAUGAAUCCAGCUGUUAAAUCUUGAUGUUCGUGAAGAUUAGUUGGGCUCUUUGCACUCUUUUUCUUCAGGCAUACAAAAGUGGGUUCUGUGAUAUUUUCUCCCACUAUUUGUGGCAUUUGUUGGAAUGGUGGGCCCUCGGGAUGCAAACAUGGACCAUUUGCUUUAAGUGCUUUGUGCAAAGUGCAAAUGCCUGGCAGUGAUCCAACAGUGCAUUAGAAGCCAAGGACAGGAGCAAGUUGCUUCUGUUUGGAUCAUCCAUGCAUUCGGGCAGCACUAUGGCUCCUUUGGUGUUGGUGAAUGCUCAAGACUGGCAGCGACUUGUAAAUUUGACCUGAGUUUCAAACUCUAAGAAGAAAGGUUACUGCCAAUGGUGAUAUUUGCAUAUGCUCCUUGCAUUAUGAAUUUGAAAUAUCCUCAAAUCAAAUGCUGCUGCAUUGUCCCUCCUGGAUGAGGAACAUUGAUAUUACUUCCAUUUCAAUAUGGCAUCACAUUGCUGGCAACGUUCUUCACCCAUUGGAAUUUUAUUUUCUUGGGUUCAAGAUUGAACCUUAUUCUUUGUUCAGGGAUUCCAUAUGGAUGAAUAGUAGAAAUUAACCCCUCCCCCUCCCUCCCCCCCACCCCAUUUUUUUCUAGAUUGAUUUUUAAUUUAUUUUUUUGUACAGAUCAAGAUUGUUUCUCCCAUUAACAAACUUACAAAACCUGUUAACCUAUCUCAGCUCAUUAAAGAGCCCAAGUUACUUUUUUUGAUAAAUUAAUGGCUGCUAGAUGUGAAGGCAGUUUAAUACUUAA